AUGGCAUUGCUACACGUGGCUGGCUUGGAAGCAUUGGAAGUGUAUAAUACAUUUCAGUGGGACACAGCAGGGGAUGAUGUCAAAGUUGAUAAAAUAAUGGAGAAAUUUGAUAGAUAUUGGAACCCAAGAAAGAAUUUAACAUUUGAUGGACAAUCGUUUUGUACAAGAAACCAACAGGAAGGUGAGACAAUAGAUACAUACAUUACUGAACUAAGAAAUAAAGCCUCUAGAUGUGAAUUUGCUGAUCUUAAAGAUGGGAGCGAUCCUCUUUAA